AUGAUGAAGAUUUUUCAACUCAUUAUUCUCCUUGUUAUCAACAACGUCAAUUCUACUUCAAUUGAUCGCAGAGCUACCCAGCCAUGGUUAAUCUUACCGCCAACUCCUUCUCUACCUAAACCUAUCUCUAAUACUCUACAAGAUAUCAAUGGUGUCAAACUUUGGUCUCAAGAGUAUAACAAAUCACCAGGAAAGAUUCCCAUUGUUCUGAAUCAUGGUGGUUUAGGUUAUUCGGCUUAUUUUGGAGACGUCAUCAAUAACCUCAUUGCUCAAAAUCGCUACGUGAUUGCUAUUGAUCGCCGUGGUCAUGGUCGUAGUACAUUUAAUGCCAAUGACGAGUUCACGUUUGAUAUGUUUGCCAAAGAUAUCGAUGAUCAACUGAAAUCCAUUGGCGUACAAAAGUAUGAUGUGUUAGGGUGGUCAGAUGGAGCGGCUACGACUCUAGCGGCACUUCAAACCCCGACUUUGGCAUCUAAAAUCAACAAAGCAUUCAUCUUUGCUGGGUUUAUGGUACCUCAAGAUACAAAUUCAACCUUUACAUCUACAAACAUUUACACAGAGUUCGUCUCUCGGUGCGCCAAAGAAUACGCUGUCAAUCAACCUACUCAAGACUUCAAACUCUUCGCUGGAAAAGUCGCAACCUUAGAGUCUAAAUUACCACAAUUCACUGCACAAGGAUUGGGUAGAAUUGAUGGAUCUAAGGUAGCAAUUGCUGGGGCUGAGUAUGAUGAAGCUGUUAAUUUGAAUGUUCCGGAUAAGCUCCAUUCCGCCAUACGAGGUAGCCAGUUGAUCAUGCUAAAGGGUGUCAGUCACUUUGCGCCCUUGCAGGACUCUAAGGGGUUUACCCAGGCGAUCUUGAAGUUUUUUGGUUAA